UAGCUGCCUGUGUAGAGGUCAGUGGGGAAAAGGUUGUGCGCUAACUACAUGGCUAACAUAGCUAAGCUACCUCCGGCUAACUUGCAACGUGGGUGAAUAAAUUACGGCGGCGCUGCUACACAUGUGAUUGUGUGAAAACAACGUGGUUUGAUAUCAAGUGGAUGACUUCAGGGCAUAAUUUAGCUAAAAUAGCAAGCGUUUUGGUUUUGGCCCACUAUAACGUUAUAUUUCGUUAAAUUUGCAUCGCUGUCUAUUGAUUUGUGGACUCAACUACAUAAUGCAUCAGAUCAUACAAGAAAAGAUUUUUGCAUUCAUAUGUGGCCACGUUUUAUAGCCAAGGGAAUGACAGGAAGUUAUAUCUACAGCAACAGAUACUGCACACAGCUGCUGUGCUCUUUAUCUGAGGACACAGCGGAAACCUCUCCAGUCUCAUCAUUAUGGCUUCCUUGGCUAUCAUUGGCGCAACUCUGGUCCUCGUAUUGACAAAUGGUGCGACACAAUGAGUGGUGAUGUUGUGGUCGAGGGUCCGUGUUCAAUCAUUGGCAGGUGCUGAGGACGAGCAAAGGUUAAUACGUUUGAGCAGCUUGUCAAGAGUGCGUACGGCAUGGAGCAGGAUAACUCACCAAUCACCGCUUCUCACCACACGAUUACACUCAUCUGUAUCGCCGCCUCUUCUGGUCCCUAAAAAUCGGAACACUAAAAAGUGAUAGCAUAGUCUCAGGUUGAGACUCUUCAGGACUUUGUAAGGAAACUCCUCAAACUUUGAGUGAGCUUUACACACUCUGCCACAUACUAUCGGACGCUUUACUAAGCCAAACGGAUUGGGAGUUUGGCUCCAGGGCUCCACGGUGAGACAUGGUGGACACCAUGACAGGUGAUGAUGAUGAUGAUGUCAGGGACGCCGACAGGGAUUUGAUGAAAGACGCCGACGGGGAUGUGAUGAAGCCGACAGGGAAGCCUGAGGAUGAGGAGAAGGGUCCCUCACAGACCCCCGCCACAGAGCCCCCCACCUGGGGCUGGUCAGUCAUCUUCCUCUGCUUCUACGGCUUCAUGUUCCAGCAGAAGCCCGGGGAGCCCUUCAUCACCCCCUACCUGCUCAGCUCCACCAAGAACUUCACCAGAGACCAGAUCACGAACGAGGUGACCCCGGUGCUGGCCUACUCCAACAUGGCGGUGCUGGUGCCCGUGUUCCUGCUGACGGACCUGCUGCGCUACAAGCCCGUGCUGAUCCUGCAGAGCCUGAGCAACGUGGCCAUCUGGCUGCUGCUGCUGCUGGGCUCCUCCCUGCUGGAGAUGCAGUUCAUGGAGUUCUUCUACGGCAUCAGCAUGGCCGCUCGCGUGGCCUACUCCUCCUACAUCUUCUCCCUGGUGCGUCCGGAGCUGUACCAGCGCGUGGCCAGCCUGUCGCGGGCCUCCGUGCUCAUGGGCGUGUUCACCAGCUCCGUGCUGGGGCAGCUGCUCCUGUCGGCCGCCGGCGUGUCCUACAUAACCCUGGGCUGGGCCUCACUGGGCCUGGUGAGCUUCAGCCUGCUGCUGUCCCUCUGCCUGCCCUGGCCCAAACGCAGCUUGUUCUUCAACCGCCAUCGGCAGGCCAAGGGGCCCGGGACCAAGCCCUGCUCCUCCUGGGCCGAGUCCACCUUCGUGCUCAUGCUGAAAGAGCUCCGCAGCGUGGUGAGGGUGCCAAGCCUGCGGCUCUGGAGCCUGUGGUGGGUCUUCAACUCCACCGGCUACUACCUGGUGCUCUUCUACGUGCACGUGCUGUGGGACAAGGUGUUCCCCGCCUCCGAGAACCAGCGCGCCUACAACGGGGGCGUGGAGGCAGCGUCCACCCUGCUGGGUGCGAUGACCUCCUUUGCGGCAGGCUUCGUGAAGAUCCGGUGGAACCUGUGGUCAGAGCUGAUGAUCGGGCUGAUCACUGCCCUGCAGGCCGGUCUGCUGCUGCUCAUGGGCACCACCAGCAACAUCUGGGUCUGCUACGUGGCCUACUCCUUCUUCAGGGGCUUCUACCAGUUCCUGGUGCCCAUCGCCACGUUUCAGAUUGCCUCUAAUCUCUCCAAGGAAAUGUGUGCCCUGGUGUUCGGGGUGAACACCCUCCUGGGAACCAUCCUGAAGACCUUCAUCACCCUCAUCGUGUCUGAUAAGAAGGGCUUGGGACUUGCUGUCCACCCGCAGUUCCUGGUGUACUUUUUCUACUUCGCCCUGCUCACCGUUGUGUACCUGGGCGCUGCGGCCUACGUCAUCACAAGACAUUACCGCAGCCAGAGAGGGGGCGGGGCUACGCCGGAGGCCACGCCCACAGAGCUCAGCCCCAUGGAAAUGGACCCCGGCGAGACAGACUGUCUGGCCAAUGGGGUGGAGGCCAAGGCCUGAGCUGCGAAUGGGUGGUAGCUCGGUGCGGUGCGGUGUAGAGAACACGGCAGAUGCUGCCAGAAGGGAUCCUCCAUGUGCUGCCAGAGAGGCCAUUUUGUGGGGGGAAACUGGAGAAUGGCUGGGAAACAUCCUGAAGACCAAAAGGCCAAACUCCAAUGCCAAGAUUUCCCAUCUCAUUCUGACAGCGCGUUCACUCUUAUGUCAGGAUAUAUCAACUGCUGCUUAGAUCAGAUGUGAAGUGUGCCUAGUACCACCUUAGACUGAAAUGUGUUCAUGAUCAUUUUAACCCGUAAGAACCGAAGAAACAAUCCAACAAUGAAUAUAUUUGAAAUUGUGAUUUUUUUGUUUUUGAAUGAAGAAUUGAGUUGCUGAAGUAUUGAUAUAUCCCUCCCCCUUACAAUACUCAAGGUAUGUUUGAUUUUCACAUAAAAAAACCUAACUAUUUGAGUUUUAGAGAACAUUUAGAGUUUUAUACCAUUGAGAAUGGUAUACUGUUACAAUUUGCCUUGAAUAUCAAACGUAUACAUUUGUAAUAUUGUGUGCUAAGAUUCCACAGUAUGCAUUGGAGUAGAUUAUUGAUGAUUUAUUUUUUUAAAACAGGAGACUUGAUAUAGCUCAUUCCUGGUGGGGAUUCUUUGACUGAGAAUUUUAGUUUUUGGCCUUUGGACCACACAUGCAUGGUUUACCUGAAAAGUUAAAUGCUCAUUCAAGUUGUCUGUACUACGCUUGCAGAAAAGAUGGUGUACCAGCCUGUUUUGUAAUGCUGGGCAGGAACUAUUUUUAUUCAGAAAGUAUUAUACUGAAUAUCAAGGAUUUUGUAAGACAUUUUUAUUGUGCAAGGAAGCAGUAUCUAGAUUUUUGAAUUGUGUAAUGUCCUGUAAUAAGUUGAUAUCCAUGCUUUUCUGUUAGGUGUACAGUAUUUAGCAUCUAAUUACGCUCAAUACGUGAAAAUGGUUGUGAAGGGAGACGUGAUUUUUAAAUUCUUUCCUGCCUUGUAAGAAGUCCUGGUAGUAUCCACAGAAAUCCACAGUUUAGUUACUUUCACAACAAUUCAGUGGCCCCCACCUUUUCUUAAACGUGCAAGUUGUCAUGAUACAUGAGUGUAGACAUAUCAGUGACACUACUGUUAGUGACCACUGGGUGGCGAUGGAUCGAAGGCUUACAUUUGAGCUGUAUUUGUGUUAUUGUCUUCCUGAUUCCAGUUUCUCUGAUGUGUUACGUGGCAGACAUUUCUCUAACAGAGCCAUAAUGUCGCCGUCAUGAACGCAACAUCGACUGAGCGCGAGAAGCUUCGCAGCACCGCGAGUCACUGCAGUUUAUUUCACAUUUAUUAUUCAUAUUUUUCAUUUCAACUCCAUUCUAAGCAAAUUAGGUGGCACAAUUGAAUUAGUGAAUAAUUAUUAGUGAAUUAAUAUUAUGACAGUUGAUUAGUAUUAUCGAUUAUUAUACUUCUGAAACAAUGCAGACAAUGUUAAUAAUGUGAAGAUGUGUCUUGAGUAAUGCUUGAAGAACGGUGAAUGUCCGCGGCCGACGUGCCGUUCGGCCGUUUGUGGAAGAGGAGCGCUGUGGUUUUGUAAGAGAUAUUUUCACUGAUGAAAAAUAAUGUUUUGUAUUACAAAUUUCUGUUGAAUUACAUUUAUUUUAAGGAACCCCAAUUUAUAAUAGGUGGGGGCAGUAGAUUUUGGUACUUAUAUACAUAUUUCAUCUGCAGUACUACUGGGCAUAAUCUGUGAAGAAACUGCAUUUGUUACUGCUGUAAAAUAGCACAUUUUGAUUUGUACAGAUAAAUGAUUCCAAAAAGGAC